AACCUGAUAUUGAUAAUGGAAUUAAUACCCAAACCAGAUCAGAAAUUUCUUUUACCUCAUCGGAAGACUCAAAGGAUGCAUCGGCCCCAUCAAUCUUGAAUAUAUCUACCAGUCCACAAGCAGAAACAUCUACUGCCGCUACCCGAAGGCAAAAACACCCAGAGUAUUAUGACGCCAGACCCGAAUCCCAAAAUAGAAUGAGAAACAAAAAUGAUCUUAUUAGCCUGGAGGAGCCCAGGGCAUUACUAGAAGUAUCUGAAGAUCAAAUUCAUUAUGUUUAUUUAUCCUUCCCAACCCCUUACCAAACCUAUCCGGAUGAUGCCAAUUACGAUGAUAAUGAACAAAUCAUAAUGCAUGAUCUGGAAGAUUCUGUUCUACUCUUACCUUUACAUAACAUGGUAGUAGAUAAUCGCUACGGAAGUAACAAUUAUCACAAAGAAUACAAAAAUCGCUAUCUUCGUCAGAGGGUCGAGAGAACUUAUGCUCAUGGUUAUGUGAGGCCUCAAGUUACUAAUAAACCCAUUAUGAACCCAUUGGAACCGGGAACUCAACCAGAAGACAACCAUUUCCUACAGGCACCCUACAUGCACUUCGAAGUUAAUAGUCUACCGCCCCAAAGAUGCUCGUCUACUCCUAAUCCCCUGCCUGUUCAACAACCUCAACCCCAGCCACACCAAGCUCCCAGAGCUGUCGCGGCAAACCCGAUGGAUCAAUUACUACAGAGUAUGAAUAACCUCAUACUUGCUAUGGGAAAUACUACGAAUCAACCCCAAGAAGCUAAAGAGUGGCAUACACUUGGUGGAGAGGCAGAGCCCGUAACGUUUGGGCCUGGAAUGACCCAGGCCUUAAAGAAAGCAAAAGCUGCUGAAGCCGUGUAUUCUCGGGGAGGCCCCUUAAGCUCAUACUCCUUGAAGAGAAGUUAUCUAAGUCGUGAAGGCCCUGCACCUCAUCCAACCCGCCUCAAAAAAACACCCACACAACCAUGUUCCAUCCAAUCUGAUAUUCUUUGUUGGCAAUGUGAAGGCCGAGAUCAUAUUGCCAGGGAAUGUCCUACAAAGGGACCCUCCAAUAACAACAAUGGAGGAACCAAGCAAAAUCGUCCCAUGAAUGAACAGGAGAGUGAUAACAGUUCUGCAAGACCUAUAAUGAAUAAUCAGCAAAGAACUAGUCAAAGUCAGACCAACAAUAGCCGGUCUAAUAACAACCCUAGUAAUAAUACAUUUAAAUGCCUAAAGGCAACUUCUCGCAAGGGUGAGGGUGCUGAUGAAAUAAGUUCAGUAGAUUCCUCUAGUAAUAGUGCGCAGGAUGCUAUUCAACAACCUAUAGAAGUAAUAUAUUGUGAGGCUGCUGUGGAACAGCAUCCUAUUUAUCUAAUAUUAGACACAGAAUCGAGCAGAAGUUUAGUUUCGCAUGAAUUUCUAAAAAGAAUUGGUAAGGACAUUAAUAAACCAUCAACCCAGAACUUGGUUGAUGUAUACGGGCAAAGAAAACACCUACUAGGUGUUGUGGAAGAUUUAUCUAUUGAAAUAAAUAGAAUCAAAAUACCUAUCGACGUAGAG